CCGUGCUUUCUUUAUUGAAUGGAUUCGUGGGCGUUACUCUGCUUCUGCGCCAAGGGAAAGGAUCCCAGUGGGGGGGUGGGGGGCGCGCCACGCGCUGCCAAGGCAAUUGCCCUGAAACUAACCGCGCCGGCCAUCGGCGUGCGGGCGCCAAAGCGACGUGCCGUCGUCGCCCUGGGCAUGUGUCUAUAUAAGGCGAGGCAGGCGCCCUGCUUUCAACAAACCGGCUUCAGACGGACAGCAAUAGCGUGUGAACAACUCUCCCUAGCGAUUUCAAUCUCACCACUGGACAUUCGACAGCAACACAGCAUGAGGACGGAGAUGGUGAUCCGGAUGCAGGGCGGCUCGGAGAAGGGCCACGCGGCGAUGAAGGUGGCGGCGGCAACGGAGGGGGUGGAGUCGGUGACGCUCUCGGGGAAGGACAAGAGCCUGCUGCGGGUGGUCGGCGACGGCGUCGACUGCAACCGCCUCACCACGCGCCUCCGCCGCAAGGUGGGCCGCGCCGACCUCGUCGAGCUCCGCACCCUGCACGCCGGCUACUACGGCUCCUCCUCCUCCCGCGCUGCCGGCAGCAGCCUCUCCCGCGUCGACUCCGGGUACGGUGGGAGUAGCUAUGGCUCGUCCUACCCUACGACGACCAGCAGCUACGCGCCGGAGUACUACGGCCACCACCAGCCGUCGUCGGCGUCGUACGGGUACUACCCGGCAGCGCCGGCGUACGCCGCCGCCCCCACCGUCGUGCACCACGAGUACUACCCGCCCUCGACCGACCCCAACGGCUGCACCAUCAUGUAGUAAUUGUUAUAGUGUGUAGGAUCAGGAUAUGCUUGUGUCUCUGUAGAAUUGUAGAUGGUGAUGUUGCUGCGUGUGCAACUGGUUUCUUUUUCUCUGUGUGCUGCAGUUUCAUACUCCAAAAUAGGGGCUUGUUUUAGUUGUGCCCCGUCUCAUUCAUUUCUAGUGGCAUGCUCGCAUGCUUUAUUUGUGGAUUUGUGAAGCUAGUGAGAUGUGGAAUAAAAGGAAAAAGGGAAACACAAAUAUGAUCUGAGUUCCAGCUGAGAAUCA